AUGUAUCGCCUCGUGACGGGCUUUGUAGCCUACUUGAUGCAGAAGCAAGAGUAUUCGGUGCUGAUCAUGGGUCUGGACAACGCGGGAAAGACGACGUUCCUCGAGAAAGUCAAGAGUACCUUCAACCGGACACCAGACGUGGAUCCGAAGAGUAUUGCGCCGACAAUAGGACAGAACAUCGGGAGGAUCACCUUGUCGUCAACGGUGCUGCAAUUCUGGGACCUGGGAGGACAACGAGACAUCCGGCGGAUCUGGCCCAAGUAUUACGCAGAAUGCCACGCCGUCGUCUUUGUCAUCGACUCGACCGACAAGGAGCGGAUAGAGGAGUGCUGGAAGGUCUUUGAGGAGAUCGUGACGGAUCACCGAGUAGACGGCGUCCCAACGCUCGUCCUUGCCAACAAGCAAGACUGCGAAGGCGCCAUGGCGGUCGAGGACAUCAAGCAGAUGUUCAAUCAGCUCAUCGUUGGCAAGUUGAACGUCAGCGAGGGCGCGGUGUUGCCCAUCUCGGCGCUGAGAGGUGACGGCAUCCGAGAAGCGGUCGACUGGCUCUUCCUGCGAGUACACCACUCUCGACAGGUCUCUCACUUCUAG